AUGGCCGACCAAGUGCAAGAGUUCCUCGAGGUGCCGCGCGAGUUCCUGAAGGACGGCAUCCAGUUCAUCAACCGUGCCCAGAAGCCCGACCGCCGUGAAUUCAUCAAGAUCUCCCAGGCCGUGGGUGUUGGUUUCCUGGUUAUGGGCGCCGUCGGUUACUUCGUCAAGCUUAUCCACGUACCCCUGAACAACAUCCUCGUCGGCGGCGCGUAA